CUUUACUAUCUAUCUCUCAAACUCAAUUCCUCUUCAUCAAUAAUUAUCUAAACACACAUACACACACACACACACAUACAUCAUGCCUGAAGGACGUCAAUCACCACCACCCGAGACCCAAUCCGGUGCUCAAAAAGGUGCUCCCUCCGAUGCCAAGGGAGUCAGCCAAGGAGGCAACAACCAACAAGACAGCAAAUCUGAUCUUGAGAAUCUCUCCUCAAACCCAAAGGGACCCCUCGAGGAUCACUCAAACGAGACUCGCUCAAAGACUGAGAACUAAAUGCGGACUGAUAUGAGGGUGUUCGGGAUAAUGAAUGGGGACAUGUAUAUUAGUCGCACUUCCAAAGGAAGUGUACGUAUUGAUACGAUACGAGAUGAUAUGAUACCGUCAUGAAAUGGGAGGAGUUAAAUGAGACAAUGAAAUAAACUCGUUAUGAAGGAA